CCCUUUUCCUUGGCAGCCACUACGUGCCGAGCUUGAUCUUGAUCGCACACCUGUUGACGUAGAAAAAGAGGAGGUUGCCAAAAUAGAGACAAACGACAAAUCCAAAUCCCCUGCCCGCAGUAAUCUACAAAUCCAAAAGUACAGAGCAGGAGCACCCUCCAAAAUCCACCUUCUCCGACCGCCAGUAGAGGGGAUGGAGAAUGCGGGAAUGAGAGAGACACGGUAACGGCAGCGACAGAGAUUGGCGCAGCCACAGUGGCGAGGCCUCCGGCGUCCCAAGAAGCCUCUCUCCGGCCAGGCUGCAAGAACUGGUGCAUUUGCCGGAGACGGAGCCAGAAAAGGAAGGGAGGAUCAGAAAAGGAAAUUAGGAUUCGUCUGGCCCGUUCAUAGGGUUCUGUAAAAGAGGCAGAUUUUUUUUAGCUGUGAGUAUCCGUUGAUUUGCUAUUGAUUCUCAGUUUUGGAGGGCUGAAAAUUCGAUCUUGGCUCUGGUCUCUGUGUGUUUUGAGGGGUUCCUGUGAAGAACCAGAGAAUCAGAAGAGAAGAGAGUGGCUUCCUCGUCGGUUUUCUUUGGCCUUUGGGUUCUGCCUUUUGAGAUUGUUCUGAGUCACGGCUCUGUCUUGCCUGCGAGAUUCUGCAAUUGCUGGAGAAUGGAGAUGGAGAGAUUGGUGUACUCUGCAUGUUUGUUUUGGUGAAGAAGACUAGUAGCUGGAAUAAAGGGUUCCGCUUCCUUACUUCUGCGUGUUCUGAUCCUCCUGAGAUAUCCCUUCCUGCAGCUUCAGAGUUUCUCUGUUCUGGAUUCAGUUCGGCAUCUCGUGGAAACCGAGGAAGCACGGCAGUUUCAAGGACCUUCCGGGGGCUAUCAAAGCAUCCUAGUUUACGUACUGUCCCGGCCUGGAAUCGCGUUUUGGGCGCUGUGUUUGAAGCGUAGCAGAACUGCGUCAGCUGUAAUUGCUUGGUUCAAAGCUUAUCUAAAGCGAGUCCUUAGAAGGAAAGUUAUCUGAUCAUGUUCUCAGGUAUCAUGGCAAAAAAGAGUUACAAACAGCAUUCCAAGUCUGAGACAAUCCAGGUGGGCUGUAUGUCUGGGCUGAUUCGCAUGCUCGAUUUCCGCCGCAGUCCAAAACUUCUUUCAGAUGGGAGAGUCAAAAGAGAACCAAAAGGUUUUGAGGAUGUCCAUGAAAGCAUACCUGCUAACGAUAACGAAGACCAUAAGGUUGGACUGCUCUUUGCUGGUAGGGCAAGUAUUAAAACUUUGAUGGAAGAAGAGAUGGCCAGCAGCACAGAGCCCUUGAAGCAAGCACAAAGAAAUGUAACUGGUAUAUGCUGUGAGGAUAUUGAUCUAAACUUGGCUGCAAGUCUCAUGGAAAUCUACAGAAAUCGUACUGAAGGCCAAGAAAUCAGUAAUUCAGUUGAAUCAGGUCGUAGUUCCAUUUCAACUGACAAAGAAGACAAUACUGAUCCUCCUGCUCAGCUCUAUCAAAUCCCUUCCAGUAUUCAGAGAGCUCUGGAAGAUGUUGCUGAAGCAGUUAUAAGACAUCAAUCUGCAAACAAAAAAUACAUAACCAGCAGUGGUGAAGCCAGGUCCAAAGAAUUUGUUGAUGCCCUACAGCUACUGAGCUCAAACACGGAGUUGUUUCUUAUGCUUAUGCAAGAUCCAAGCUCUAGGUUGUUAGAAUGUCUCCAAAACCUGUACAUGUCACUAGGAAGUACAAAGUUAGAAUGUGACGAAGAAAUUGAGUUUCAAGGUAUGACAAAUAAACUAGAGCAGUCUGUGGCUUCUCCAAGUAGGGCGCAAAGAAGGCAUAAUUCUUUCUUGAAGGAGGAUAAGUUGGUAACGAGGAAACAACCAAAGUUAAAUGAUAGCUCUCGUGGCCUUAGCAGAAUAGUAAUCUUGAAGCCAAGUCCUGCUAGAAGUCACAGCAGUCUUAUCUCAAGUAGUGCAACUUCGUCACCACUAUCAAGUCAUAAUAAUUUGCAAGUUCAGGAAACCAAUGAUAAACCUGAUCGCCAAUUCUCCCUUAGAGAGCUGAAAAGGAGGCUAAGGAUUGCUAUUAGUGAAAAUCGGAAGGAUCACCAGUUAAACUCCAUGAGUACUACUUUUCAUAAAGCUGAAGCUGAUUCUAGCAAACAGCUUCCGGUCUCAAGUAUGUCGGACAGUUUGCCAAGUACAGAUUCUUCUGACAGCAAGGUAGCUGAGGAACCAUCAAUUGUUGACAAGGAAACAGUCACAGUAGAUAGUGGAAGUGGAACGAGAAAUGAUGUUGCUCAUGGUGUCGGCUCUUUCUCCUAUGAAAAAGCUAAGAUGUUUAUAGUUGAGAGACUAAAUGAUCAAGGAGAAGACAAGUCUCAGAUUGUACAGAAUUCUGAAUCAUUUGAGAGAUUAAUUUCAUUAUCAGAUAAUGCUGCAUUUUCUUCAAGUCAUUUACCUCAAGAGGAGAAUACUGGCAUAUCAAAUGAAGCUACAAAUCCGUUGAACUUGCAUACGAUUGAGCAAGAGGAUGGCUCAGCAAGUCCCAAACCAUCGAGGUUCUGCCAGGAGACAGAAUCAGAUGACACUAGCAACUUAGGUACAGAAAGUUUGGUUGAGCUCAAGACAGACCAUGGAAACCAUCCACAAUAUGACAGUGCUAUCUCACAGGAGUUGAUCAGCGAAGAGUUUAAGAUCAUGCAGGAUGCAGUGGAGAAUCCGCAACUAUGUGCUAAUACUGAAACUUUGCAGGAAAGUGUUGAAGGGAAAAAUCCAGACGAAUGUUCAUCAGAGGAACCACUAUCCAUGAGUGUGUUACAACAAGUGGCCCUUAAUGAACAAGAGAACCAUAGUCCAUCAGAAGUUGUUGAAUUAGUCAAGCCAUUUGUAUUGACAUUUCCUUACUCCCUGGAAAAUACUGAUGGCAAAGAGGAGAAACUGAGUCCCCAAUCCGUUCUUGAUCCUGCCAUAGGAGAAGUUACCAGUCCUGGACAUCAAACUCAAAAGCGAGAUGAGUUGUCCAAGCCUAUUUCUAGAGUUCUGUUCACAGAGCUUGACACUUCUUCAGCAUCCCCAACCUUGUGGAGUGAACCAGAAGUAGCUAUUUUGUAUGAUAAGGACGCAAGGGUUUCCUUCAUUAAGGCCGUGCUAGAAGCUUCAGAACUGUUGUCCGGGGAAAACUCGCAGAUAUGGUAUACAGAAGAGACACUGCUUGACGUAUCUGUACUGGCUGAAGUAGGAAACUCGUACUGCCUGACAGAUGAUGCAGUGCUUCUGUUCGAUUGUGUGGAAGAGGUUCUUCUCAAGAUAAGAUGCAAGUUUUUUGGUACCGGCCCUUGGCUUGCUUUUCUGAAGCACAAUGUGAGACCAGCUCCAGUAGGAAGACAUCUUGUUCAAGAGGUGGCUAAGGGCAUUGAUUCUCUUGUCGGUAAUGAGUUUCCAAACACUUUAGAACAGGUGAUGAUGAAAGGCUUGGACAGUGGGUCGUGGCUGGAUCUUCGACACGAUUCUGAAAGUGUUGUAGUUGAGUUGUGGGAUGAUUUGCUUGAUGACUUACUGGAGGAAAUGAUUUUUGAUUUGUGGCUUUAAGACUGUAGUGCUUUGUACAUGGAGGCAUGUUCGAUCAGUACUGACAGAACUAAUAGAUACAGAAACCUUUUUGAAAGGGUAGAGGGAAGUAAGUUCAGCAGGUUUCCGACAAUUGUAGAGUUAGGCAGUUCAUCAGUAUAGCUGAUUUCCAAUUUCUGUAUGAAUUUGUGCUUAUUGUAACUUGUAAGUCAAUCCUGAUUGCAUCUGGCUCCUGACACUAGAAUUAUUCAACCUAUGUACCAAUUUUAUUCUCUGUAGAGGUGUGGCAACAUCAAAAUAAGAGCAGUUGUAUAUAACUUGCCUUUUUUUAAAUGUUAAUUUCUUUGUUUUAAUUUUCA